CCGCCCACCAACCAACUGUACAUUUUUGCAGUUAACAACACCUUUCAACCCCAAUGUUAGAAUUGUGGUUAAGACAAUUUCAGUACUGAAUAGGUAUAUGCAUUUGUAAAGAGAAGAUAUCAUAUAACUUGAUCUGUAUAGCCAUCAAAGUAGCAACUUUUUUUGAGGGGCAAAACAAUAAUGUCUUCUUUUUCAAGCAAAUGCUUGUGUUUGCAUUUGUUGAUUUUACUGGCUUUCACUGGAACUGCACUCUCCGGCUGGAUUGUGAAGACUUUACCAGGCUUUUCCGGCGAUUUACCCUUCACUCUAGAAACAGGGCAAGGUCACUCGGGAGUCGACCCGCUCAUACUGUAUCUGAAUGGAGGACCCGGUUGUUCCGGUUUGAAUGGCCUUUUCUACCAAUCUGGUCCAUUAGAAUUCAAUCUAAGUUACCCUGGCCAUGGCAUACCAGAACUGAUACACUGCCUACACUCAUGGACUAAGACUGCAAACAUAAUAUUCAUAGAUGUACCCGUUGGCGCCCGGUUUCACCUAUGCAACAAAUGCCGCUGCUUAUGCUAGUUCAGACUCAGCAGAAACAGCUCAUCUUCUAACUUUUAUGAGAAAGGUGAGUGAGACUUUGAGGAUCAAAUACAAGUCCAUUACUGUAAAAAUCAACAAAAUCUGUGUAGUUCUAUCAGUAAUAACUCUAAUGAAUAUGAUUAGUAAUACAUAUUCAGGGGUGGAACCGGAAUUUUAUUGUAGAAAUACAAUGUUUGUGUAUAUAUAUAGUAUUUAAAUAAGAAUGGGUUUUCUUGUUUUCUAAA